CUUUGAUUGAUUUCCUGUCGAUAUCUUCUGGAACUGAAUAACUACGCAUCGGACAUUAUCCCCAUCGCGAAGCGACCUGAUUCGCCACAUCCUUGGGAUCUGGGGGAUUUCCAUUGUACUUAGCCAACCAUCAGCAUUGAGAUGAGAUUUCCCUGGUCCAAGACGAAGGAGGCAGAGAGUUCCGUCAUGUCAUCCGACUCAAGCGUUCAAGAACGGAAUGCGCCGGUUCGGACAGACGGUCCAGCAUCAACGGAGCUGAUCAGUCAUGAGAAGCGGGCAGUAAACUCAGACACCAUCACAGCGAAUCCAGCAAUACAAUCAGAACCAGCAGCGGCCGCCGACCCGGAAAACAUCGCUCAAUCAGAAAAACAUGAAGAGCUAAACCGCACCGUCACAACGGCCACGACCUCGUCCGAUCCAGGUGGUGGGCCAGGCGAAGACGAUGAAUCGAAAUACGCCACCGGCCUCCCGCUCCAUCUCUUGACACUCGGCCUGGUUCUCUCCACAUUCGUCGUCGCGCUCGACAACACCAUCAUCGCCACAGCCAUCCCAAAGAUCACCACCGUCUUCAACUCGCUGGAUGAUGUCGGCUGGUACGGCUCGUCAUACCUGCUGACGACCACUUCCCUUCAACCAUCCUUUGGCAAGGUGUAUACCUACUUCAACGUGAAAUGGACGUAUAUGCUGGCAUUGCUCAUUUUCGAGUUCGGCUCCGUGCUAUGCGGUGCUGCCGUCAAUUCGACGAUGCUGAUCGUCGGCCGGGCUGUCGCAGGAUGUGGAGCUGCAGCCCUGUUUUCGGGCGGAAUGACCAUUAUAGGCUACUCGGUCCCUCUGCGAAAGAGGCCUAUUUACAUAGGCUUGCUGAGUUCGUUGUUCGGCGUUGCCUCUGUCGUAGGGCCCCUUUUAGGAGGUGCAUUUACCGACCGAGUUUCCUGGCGCUGGUGCUUUUAUAUCAAUCUCCCCAUCGGCGCCGUCGCGAUUGCCGCCGUCUUCUGCUUCUUCAAGAACCCCGAACGCAAACAUAGCAGUCUGACGCUGAGGGAGAAGAUUGCGCAAAUCGACCUUCUUGGAGCUUUCUUCUUGAUCUGCGCCAUUGUUUGUCUUCUCCUAGCUCUUCAGUGGGGCGGCACAACCUACCCGUGGUCGAAUUCCAAAGUAUGGGGCUGCCUUCUCGGCUUCGGCCUCCUGAUGACCGUCUUUACCGGCAUUCAACUCUGGAAAGGCGACCUCGCAACAUUACCACCGCGAGUCAUGCUCAAACAGCGUACAGUUUUCAUCUGUGCCUUCUUCAGCGCUUUCCUCGCCAUGGGCUUGUAUACCCACAUCUACUACCUCCCCUUCUACUUCCAAGCCGUCAAAGGGACAUCGGCUGAAGGAUCCGGCAUCCCGGCUGAAGGAUCCGGCAUCCGCACUAUCCCUUAUCUAGUCAGCCUCACCAUCUCAUCGGUUAUAGUCGGCGGCAGCGUCACGGCUCUUGGACCAUACGUGCCAUUCACCUGGUUCGGCUCAGCUGUGUUCGCCGUUGGAUCCGGUCUCCUGCAUACUCUAAAAGUCCACUCGUCCACUGGAACCUGGAUCGGCUAUCAAAUUGUGGCCGGGGCAGGAGCCGGUGCAUGUGUUCAGAUUCCCUUCAUUGCUGUUCAGGUCGUCCUGAAAAAGAAAGACAUGCCUGUGGGCAAUGCUGUCGCCAUAUUCUUCAACUCCCUCGGUGGUGCGAUUUCCAUCUCGAUUGCGCAGAACAUCUUCUCCAACGGUCUGGUGAAGGAAAUCCCAAAAUAUACCAAGGGUGUUGACCCUUACAAAAUCAUUGCAGCCGGUGCCACCCAUAUCCGCGAAGUCACGCCUCCGUCACAGCUCGCUGGAGUGCUCCAUGCAUACAAUAUCGCCGUCACGAAUUCAUAUAUCCUCGCCAUAGCAUGCGCCUGCAUUGCGUUCCUGCUCUCGUUCGGUUUCGAGUGGAAGAGUGUGAAGGGGAAGAAACUGGAGAUUGGUGGUGCAGCAUAGCGACCCUGUCGAGAUAUCAAGGACACCAAUAGAGGUUCGUCUCGUGCAGGUUCC